GUGCUUUCUCACGGCUUUGUGGUUGACGAAAAAGGAAGAAAAAUGUCAAAAUCUCUGGGGAAUGUCCUAGACCCCGAGGAUGUUCUGAAACAAUUUGGGGCAGAUAUAAUUCGCUUAUGGGUAAUUAGUUCCGAUUUCAGCAAAGAAGUAAAAGUCAGCGUCCCCAUUUUAGAGAACUUGCGAGAAAGUUAUCAAAAAAUACGCAAUACUCUUCGUUUUUUGCUAGGCAAUUUAGCCAAUUUGCCGCCUAACCUAAAAAGUGAAAAAGAUUUAGCAUUUGAAUUACAUCCAGUGGACCAUUAUAUUCUUCAUAAAUUAGAAAAACUAACCAGCGAAAGUCAAAAAAAAUAUAGUGAAUACAAUUUUAAUCCUAUUUACACCUCUUUGUUAAAUUUUUGUAUUAAUGAUUUAAGUUCUUUCUAUUUUGAGAUUAUCAAAGAUAGUUUAUACUGCGAUAGCCUUUCUUCCCUGCGGCGACAGCAAAUUAUUGCUACUCUUUAUUAUCUUCUACAAGGGCUACUAAAAAUUAUUUCUCCGAUUUUUCCUUUUCUGGCCGAAGAAAUUUAUCAAAAUAUUCCCUUUUGUUUUGGUUUCGCCGGUCAAGAAAGCAUUUAUUUGGACAAUUAUUCGCCAACUUUGCUUUUCUCGCCUUCUUUGGAAAAAGAAAUAGCAAUAAUCACCAAAUUUUUUUUACCUUUGCGACAAGACGUUCACCAAGUCUUAGAACAGGCCCGGCAAGAAAAAAUUAUUAAUACUAAUUCUCAGGCUUAUUUGAUAAUUUUUUUAAAAGAAAAAAGCGGACUAGAUUAUUCCCAACUAAAUUUAGAGGAAUUAUUGUUAGUAGCCAAAGUUGAAAUUAGAGACGAGCGAGAGGAUGAUGCAUGA